UGGGGGGGUGGAGCGGUUUCCGGUUGAGGGGCUGAGGAUGGCGGGGACUUCCGGUCGCUGUGAGGGGGACUUCCGGUCGGUGGUGGCGGCGAUGCCGGAGAUCCCCUUCAGCCGCGUCGUGUCGGUCACAAGCGCGGACCCGCGACACCCGGCCGAGAACCUCCUGCAGCCGGAUGGCGGCGGCCGUUGGAGGGCGGCGGCGGCGGGAGAGAAGCAGAUCAGCGUCGUGCUGGAGCUGCCGGGCGAGCGGCCCAUCCACGCCCUCCACAUCGGCAACGACGGCUCCGCCUUCGUCGAGGUGCUGGUGGGGGCGGCGGCCGGCGGCGACUUCCAGGUCCUGCUCCCCACGGCCGCCUUCAUGUCGCCCAGCGAGAGCCGGGCGGGGGCGGAGCCGCGGCGGGUGCGGCUCUUCGGGCCCGAGGCGCUGGUGAAGGGCGUGGCCGGGCGGGGCUGGGACCGGCUCCGCCUUGUCUGCAGCCAACCCUACUGCCAGACCCGCCCCUUCGGCCUCUCCUUCGUCCGGCUCUUCUCCCCCCCCGAGGACAACGAAGCCCCCCCCGAGGCCCCGGUGCGGCGCUUGGGUCACUUCACGGUGCGGGAGGAGGGGGGCAGCCCCCUGCGCCCCCCCGGGGCACUCUUCUACCAGCGGCCCCCCUCCCCCCAAGCUCCCCCCAAGGACCCCCCGGGCCCCAGUUACGCUGUCGCCACCCUCCAGGCCAGCGCAGGCUCAGGCCCCAAGGCCCCCAAGCGCCGCCCCCUCCCCCCGAAAGCCAACGGCAGCCCCCGGCAGCAACCCAAGAGCCGCCGCCCGGCGGCCGCCUCCCCUCCCCCUCCCCCGCCGGCCGCCUCCCCGGGGGGCUCCCCUCCCCCCCCGGCGGGCCCGAUCCUGGCAGGGGUGGUGCUGGCGCUGAGCGGCUUCGAGAACCCGCUGCGGAGCCGGUUGCGGGCGGCCGCCCUGGCCCUGGGCGCCUCGUACCGCCCCGACUGGACGCCCGACUGCACCCACCUCGUCUGCGCCUUCCCCCGCACCCCGAAAGCCGCCCGGGCUCGGGCCCUCGGGGGGCUCCUCGUGGGACCCGCCUGGCUCUGGGACUGCCAGCGCCGCCAGCGCCGCCUGCCCUGUGGGCCGAGAGGUUGGGGAGGCCACGCCCUGUGGGAGGGGCCAAGCGAGACCACACCCAACGGGGAUUAUCCAAUGGGUGGAGUCAGUGGAGGCCACACCUACUCAGUGAUCUGUGUGGGGGUGUGGCCUCCCAAGGGUGAGGCUCACGGGGGCCACGCCCACAUGUGGGCGUGGCCACAGAGCUACCAGCCUUUGCUCCUCCCUCUGACUUCAGGUACCUCCUGGAUGGCUCCGCCUCCUCCGGCAGCGAGGGGGAGGGGCCUGAGGAGGCCACGCCCACUCCCACCACACCCCCCCGCCCAGAAGACCCCUCCCCCACCCGCCCCCGCCCCCUCGGGGGGUCCUGGGACCCCCCCGAACUCCGACCCCCCAGGUUCCGACUCGGGUGACGGCGACGACCAAUCAGAGAGGGAGGAUCCCUACGGGGGCUCCACGGAGGAGAACAGCGAGGAGGAGGAGGAGGAGGAGGGGGAGAAAGAGCCCAUCCCCCCCCUGCCUGAUUUUUUUAAGGACAAAACCUUCUUUUUGCACGGCGAGUUCCCGGCGGGGGAGGGGCGGCUGCUGCUGCGCUACGUCACCGCCUUCGGAGGGACUCUGGCUCCCUACAUGAACGACUCGGUGACCCACGUGGUGACGGCGCAGGAUUGGGACCCCGCCUUCGAGGAGGCGCUGGAGCUCCGCCCCUCGCUGACCUUCGUCCGCCCCCGUUGGCUGUUGCUCUGCGGCGAGCGCCAGCGCCCCUUGCCGGCCCAGCCCUUCGCCGUCGUGCCCCGCCCGUGACGUCACCGCCACCUCGCUGUGACGUCAUCACCGCCCCUCCCCCCCCACCCCCCCCCCGCCCCGCUCCAUUUUCGGGGCGUUUUGAGCCGAAUUAAAGUGGUUUUGGGUAAUAAAA